GCGCGGGAGGGGGCGGGGCCUGGCUCGGGAGCGGCGCGUGCGCGGAGCGGCGGGAAGAUGGUGCUGAUCAAGGAGUUCCGAGUGGUUUUACCUUGCUCAGUGCAAGAGUAUCAAGUUGGGCAACUUUAUUCUGUGGCAGAAGCUAGCAAAAACGAAACAGGAGGUGGGGAAGGAAUUCAGGUCUUAAAAAACGAGCCUUAUGAACAGGAUGGCGAGAAGGGACAAUAUACUCACAAAAUCUAUCAUUUAAAGAGUAAAGUCCCUGGCUUUGUAAGGAUGAUUGCUCCAGAAGGCUCCCUGGUGUUCCAUGAGAAGGCCUGGAAUGCAUAUCCCUAUUGUAGAACAAUUGUGACAAAUGAAUACAUGAAAGAUGACUUCUUCAUAAAAAUUGAGACCUGGCAUAAACCAGAUUUGGGAACAACAGAGAACGUUCACAAUUUAGAUCCAAACACAUGGAAGAGUGUUGAGGUUGUCCAUAUUGACAUUGCAGAUAGAACUCAAGUAGAGCCAGGGGACUACAAAGCUGAUGAAGAUCCUGCAUUAUUCCAGUCAGUUAAGACGAAGAGAGGACCUCUGGGGCCAAAUUGGAAGAAGGAGCUAGCAACUGAUGAGGAGUGUCCCAAAAUGUGUGCUUACAAAUUGGUGACCAUCAAAUUUAAGUGGUGGGGACUGCAGAACAAAGUCGAAAACUUUAUACAAAAGCAAGAAAAAAGGAUAUUUACCAACUUCCACCGCCAGCUGUUCUGUUGGAUUGACAAGUGGAUUGAGCUGACUAUGGAGGACAUCAGGAGAAUGGAGGAUGAAACCCAGAAGGAACUGGAAGCGCUGCGUAACCAAGGCCAGGUGAGAGGGACGAGCGCUGCCAAUGACGAGUGACGCCGGACGGACGCCGCUGCCGGACCUUGGCCGUGUGUGUGGCUGCAUGACUCUGUAAAUAACUCCACACACACCUGCAGACAGAAGGGGUGGUUACAGUGUCUCUGGGUGCUAUACCUGUCCUAGCAAAGAUUCCAAGGAAACUGCUUUCAUUAUGUAUACCCCAAGCAAAUAAAAAAAUCAACUGAGUAGUGUCAUUUAAAGGAUGAAUUUUGCUAACUGGUAUGUUCAUGAAUGUCAAUACUGGACCAAUUUCUGCCCUACUUGUUUUCUCUCCUGUCCAAGUCACUCUGCUCUAACUCGCCCAUGUCUCAUUGUAAAGGAACACUCAAACAAGUUAAUUUCAGUUUUAUGUCUUCCCUAUGUGAUGAGUUUUUGGAAUAGGAACAAUGAAUGUAUUUAUAGCUAUUUAUUUCUGGAUUGUCAUUAUCCUCUAGUCAAAUCAGAAAAAAAAAUUCUGUUAGUGGAAAUUGGAAGACUUUUAUUGUUGAAUAAGUUUAACCCAAACUUUACCCACUCACUGAUUUAAAAGAAAAAAAAAAUCAUGUUUUAUUGGACUUUUGUACAUUGAAAUGCUAACAGUUUUCUUCAUUAAAAUUGGCAAGAUUAAGGAAAAAU